AUGGGCAUUCCAGUUGUUCCUAGAACUUGCUCACCGCAGCUGCUCUUCCGUGGUAGACCGACGCCACUCCAUGACCAGAGCAAGGCCGUCGCUCUUGCAUCCUCGUGCCGAGAGAAAGCCGGUGGAAGCAAGACGAGCGUGAGUCAUGGCUCGAGCAUCAACAGAGGCCAGCCGAGGAAAAUCGCGUCGCUCGACACGGGGCCGCCGUUGCUGAGGCGCACGGAUCGCGCUCGCCGGUACUCCCUGGGCGGCAGCGGCGACUACCCCCGCAGCGUCAGCGUGAGCGCCGCAGUGGAGCUCAGCCGGGCAGAAUCAUUCACCGCGCUGCACCGUCCCGCAGUCCCUUCUUAUCUGUCUGAUGCCGCUGCAGCGGCAUCCGUGGAGAGAGAGCAGCAAACGGUCCCUGCCAGGAUGGGGCGCGAGGGGAAAGGCAGGGAGAGGGAGGGCAUUGUGCGACGGGAGAGCGAGAGCGAGGGGUACGAGUCGGACGAGGAGUUCGUGAAGCUGUACGGGCUGGUCGCGCAGCACCGCGCCGCAGAGCGCGCCCUCGUGUCGAACGCCUUCGCCAAAGUGCUCUCCAGGCCUGGCCAAGUCAGCUAUAGUCCCAAGGGCGAAACCAGCAGCGCCUAUAGCACCAUCAUGGGCGGGAGUAACAGCAGUUUCCGAUGGGCUGGUGGCGAUAUCAUUUCCACCUCCAACGACAAGACAUGUGGUGUGGCAGCUGCUGAUGAGCAUGAGGGGCGCUUCAAUAUGCCCGGCUGUGCCGAUAUGCUUCCGAAUGACGGGAUUAUAUCAGGUGAACCGCUGCUUCCAAGUCCCAGAGCAGCAGUGUCAGGACCUCUUGCUGCUGUCAAGGGGCAUUCAGGGAAUGCGCCCUGCGUUGUGUUGAAGAAUCGGAGUAGAAAGAGCCUCGAUUCUGCAGUGGUGAAUGUGGCGUUUACUGGAGUUCAACAGCGCCCAUUGUCCCCCUAUCCGCUGCGCCGCCCGCAGGUGAUCUCGCAUAAGGAGGGCGGGGCGCUCGAGGCGCGCAUCCCCGCAGCGGGGUUCUUCCCGGACGGCGCCGUGGGGUGGAUCCUCUGCAUCCUCACGCCCUUCCUCGUAAGCCGCCUGCUCACUCCCUUCCUCGUAAGCCGCCUGCUCACUCCCUUCCUCGUAAGCCGCCUGCUCACUCCCUUCCUCCAAGCCCCUCCGAGCAAGCCUCGACCAGCAUCCCCUCCCGCCGCAUUCCGUCGCAUGCAAGCUCCUCACAUCGCGUCGUGUUCCUUCUCAUCUGAGCCCCUCCCAUCCCCCUUCCCACCUGCUCUCUCUUCCCCACCAAACAGGGUCCGAGUCUUAAUCAAAUCCUCCAACCGAACAAAACCGAAGGGAUUAUCGGUCAUCGUCCCCCUCCCUUCUCCAUCCCCCCUCUCUCGCGCCCAAUCACCCCCCUGUUCAACCCUCCCUCUCACCCGACCUCUCCUUAUCCCGCUCCACCGUGCGCCUUCGCACCUCGCCCCGCCUUCUCACCUCGCCCCGCCUUCGCACCUCGCCCCGCCUUCUCACCUCGCCCCGCCUUCUCACCUCGCCCCGCCUUCUCACCUCGCCCCGCCUUCUCACCUCGCCCCGCCUUCUCACCUCGCCCCGCCUUCUCACCUCGCCCCGCCUUCUCACCUCGCCCCGCCUUCUCACCUCGCCCCUCCCUCGCAGAUUGCAAUCGCAGUGGCGGUCGCCAUUUUCCUGCCUUUCACCAUCUGCAUCCUCUGCGGCUUCACUGCCGCAACUCGCUCGGAGACCAUUGUGCUGUCACCCGAGCACUUCACCAUCACCACCAAAAACUCCGGCACGACCAAGCGGAAGCAGGGCAGCACGCCAAUGGUGCGCGCCAUUGUGGUGCAGAACUUGAACUCCCCACAGCCGCUGCCACCUCCGCCAGUGCAUAGCCUCGCUGCCCGAAGUCCCAUCCCUCCUCCGCCUGCCCCUGCCGCGCGCUCAGCAGCCAAGCCGCCAGAGCUGGUGUGCAUGAUUGUUGGAAUGGAGCAGGAGGAGUACCGGUUUGGCAAGACCUUGAGUGAUGCAGAGAAGCAGUGGGUGGUGGGUGAGCUGUCACACCACUUGCAUACCAUGCACAUGCAACCAGCACAACAGAAUGUUUAG